AUGGUCAGUCCUAACCAGUCAGUAGUGACAGAGUUUGUUCUGCAGGGGUUCUCAGAGCACCCUAGUCUAAAACUGUUUCUGACAGGCUGCUUCCUGUCUCUCUAUACAAUGGCUCUAAUGGGCAACAUUGUGAUCAUUGCUUUGGUCACCUCCAGCACUGGACUCCACAGUCCCAUGUACUUUUUCCUGUGCAACUUAGCAACCAUGGACAUUAUCUGCACCUCCUCUGUUCUGCCCAAAGCGCUGGUUGGUCUACUGUCUGAGGAAAACACCAUCUCCUUCAAGGGAUGCAUGACCCAGCUCUUCUUCCUUGUGUGGUCUGGAUCCUCUGAGUUGCUGCUGCUCACAGUCAUGGCCUAUGACCGCUAUGUAGCUAUCUGCUGUCCCCUCCACUACAGCUCCAGGAUGAGCCCACAACUGUGUGGGGUAGUGGUCAUUGGUGUAUGGUCUGUCUGUGCACUGAAUGCAUCUAUAAAUACUGGUCUGAUGACACGGCUGUCAUUCUGUGGGCCCAAGGUUAUCACCCACUUCUUCUGUGAGAUACCCCCACUCCUCCUGCUCUCCUGUAGCCCCACAUAUGUUAAUAGCAUUAUGACUCUUGCGUCAGAUGCCUUUUAUGGAGGUAUCAACUUUGUGCUAACCCUGUUAUCCUAUGGUUGCAUCAUUGCCAGCAUCCUGCGCAUGCGUUCUGCUGAGGGCAAGAAGAAAGCCUUUUCUACCUGCUCGUCCCACCUCAUCGUGGUCGUUAUGUAUUAUUCAUCUGUGUUCUGUGCCUAUAUCAGUCCUGCUUCCAGCUAUAGCCCAGAAAGAAACAAAUUUACCUCAGUGCUAUACUCAAUCCUCAGCCCAACCCUAAACCCUCUCAUCUAUACACUGAGGAACAAGGAUGUCAAGCAUGCCCUGGGCAGAAUAUUUGCCUCUUUCUCACAUUAA